UCAGUUGUUUCCGGCUCCCGUAGUCAUUAUUUUACUUACAUUCAGCAGACAAACACUUCUAGUGAAUUGUAUUUUUCUAAUCACAAUUUAGCUAGGAACACGUAUAUGUAGGUUGGUGAAUUUUGUUUUUAUUUUUGUAACCCAUAAUGGAUUCGAAACGCGCGGCUCCUGAAACUGGCGAUGGUCCAGACCCGAAGCGUGUGGACACCACCGAAGAUCAAGACAAGUUAGAGGAGCAUGGCAGUCCAGUCUCCUUGGAGGCCACACAUUUCGCCCCCUACACAGGCAACGGAUUCACUGCAUCCCUGGAGUCCUUAAUGUUCCAGCCGACGCUGGCCGGCAGUCAGCUCAUAUCGUGGUGUCGCAACUUUGAGAACGACCUCGAACUGGAGAAGAGCGCCAUUGGCGAAAAGAAACCAGAGUCUUCCCCGGGAAAGACUUCGCGCCGCGAGCAGGCCAAGUCUCGCCGCGAAGACACCAUGAAGGCUCUGGCCGUGGAGCGCGAGCUGACCAUCAAACCGGGCCAGAAUACCGCCUCCGUGGUGCUCAUUGUCCGCUUCCCUGACCCAGAGAUCACCGUUUCCAUGCUGACCGACGUGUCCAAAGAGAUUCGAGAUGUUGUCAUGCCGUACAGCGUGGCUCCGCGCUACUGCCUGGUGUACCUCAAAAGCGGCGCCAAUGUCGAGGCAACCAUUGCCGACAUAAACAAGGUACGUUUCGGUACCGGGUUCCUACAGGCGGAGCACAAACACUUUUCGGACGAGGAGCAGGCCGACUUUAUUGAUCCGUGCUCGCUGUAUGUGAGCAACAUACCGUUCAACAUGACCACAUCGGCCAUCAAGGCCUGCUUCGUCCACGCUCUCAGGGUGGACAUCGGAGUGCUGAAGCGCGAGAAGCGCGCCCGCUACGCCUUUGUGCGUUACGCUUCUCCCGAGGCUGCCAUAACUGCUUUCAGGGAUCUGGUUAGCUGUCCCCUGAAUGGCCGUACUCUCACAGUCCGCUUCCGGCGGCUCCGGAAGCGCUCUGGCAUGCCCAUCGUCCAGUGCACCAGCUCCAUCGUCACAAUGACCCAGCCAAGUAGUGGUGCCGGCGGCGAUGAUGAUAAUGUCGACUGUAAAGUUAUCUCUCCUCCACCCGUGGAGUCCAUUACCAUAAGCGACAGCGACAAUUGCUCCGAUUCCAGUAACGACGACAAGGAACACAAGAGCAAGACUAGCGAACAGGAGGAGAUACAGAAGCUCAAGCGCCAAAUGGCCCACUACGGGGCCAUCCUGAAGAGCUUUCAGAACAGACAGAACUUUUUGGGAGAUACUUUAUCAUCAGCUCUCGUGCCCAAGCCGGAGCCGUGCCCGAUUCCAUCAGCCUAUAUACCUGUGCUAGGAUCACACGCCGUACACGUAAUGCGGGAUAUUAAAACCGAGCGUGAAUAUUUGGGCAUCCCCGACGAGGCCGGUCCCGAGCCCAAUCCGGCUGUCAAGCCGACCACGCAAACCCCCCCAGAAAACAUCACAGAAAAAGAGGAUCAGCAGAAAAUUAAAAAACCGCAUUGUUUUGGCUGGCUGUUUUCAGGUUUCACCAGACGAGGCCAGAGUGCCAAGGAGACGGCUGACAAGACAAAGGCUUCAAAGGCUUCGCCAAACAAGGACGACCGACUUGAGGAGCUGUAUGCUCAGCUGGAAGCCGAUUCUGAUCCAUAAGUUGCAUGCGAACGCCUAGCAAAUUAAUCGUUUGUAGACGACUCCAAAAAUAAAAAUUUAGUUUCGGUCAUUAUUAAGAUUUA